GCCCGCGCCCGGCGACGAGGCGGGCCUCCCCGGCCCCGACCCUGUGGCGACCUGGCGGCGCCCUCGGGGGAACAGGACGGGCCCCGGGGAGAAGCGGCCACUCCCGGGGCCAAGCCAGCCUGGCCCAGCUCACCGUUGGUGGAAUGGGACAACUCCCGGGAAAGCGCGGGCCGUGCCCUCCUGGCUGGGCAGUACGGACGGGGACGCAGACCCACAGGGACACACGGAGAGACCGGAACCAGAUCAGAGCCUCCCCCAGACCCAAGGGGUCUUGAGAAGCAAUGGCCACGGAAGCCCCGGUGAACGUAACUCCCCCUGAACGCAGCGCUGUUGGCCGCACAGCAGCUGACAGCUUCAUCAGGCAGCCAGACUCCAUAAACAUGCACCUCACCAGGCCCAAAUCCGCCAAGGGACGGACGCGGCCGAGUCGGCACAAACCGCAGGACGCGGCGCCGUGCUCUCACCGCGCGCCGGCUUCUCUGCCUCCAGCCAUUCGCUGUGAGUCGCCAAGCAGCCAGAAGCCAGGAGCCUGUGCACCCAGAUCUCCAAACCCGGGAGCCCCCGAUGAGAUCCCUGAGCUGCUGCAACAGGUGCCCCUGGGGGCUUCCUCUUCCCUCAAUAAAUACCCAGUCCUUCCUUCCAUCCACAGGAAGACGCUGGAGGAGGGGGCCGUGGAGACUGUCGCUCGAAAGGCCAGCUCCCUGCAGCUGAGCAACACCCAGGCUCUGUACCGAGAGGAGGAGACCGGCACUGUGAAGACAAGUGAAGAAGGUCCCAGAGCUCCAUCUUGUUCCCCAGAGAGGAAAGCCAUUGGCCGAGCCAGGAGACAGGCCUCCUCCAGGGCUGGAGACCUGAAGGAGCCAUCAGAAGGGGAGCCACGGCUGCUGCUUGCGGUCAGGUCGCCGUCGGGCCGAAGGUUCGUUCGCUAUUUCCGGCCAACUGAUGACUUAUCCAGCGUUGUGGCCGUGGCUGAACACGAGGACCAGGCUGCCUACCACCACUGCAGCAUUGAAACGAUGGAGGUGCCCCGGAGACGUUUCUCUGACCUCACCAAGUCUCUGCAGGAGUGCAGGAUCCCCCACAAGUCGGUGCUGGGCAUCUCACAGGAAGAAGGGGAGGAGUGGCCCUGAGCCCACAGCCACCCAGCUGGGGCCCUGGGUCUCUGAGUAACGGGCACGCUUGGGUGCUGUGACCUCCCAGGCAGCUCGAUUCCAAGUGCCACGUGAGCCUGCUGCCGCUGUGACCGUUGGGGCUCCCUCUCCACGGCAUCUCCUUUGGAAGCAGCGAAAUUUGUACAUGCACCUGGGGCACUGAGAAGGUUCUCCGCCAGUUCUUCAAUCCUUCCCACCCCUGGAGUGAACCAGCAGGUUGCCAGGGACGUUCCUGAAACUGCUGUGACCAGGCCUCCUCCUCCCCAGAGUUCUGGGUCCUUUCAGGAGCACCUGCCUGCCUUCCCAACGAACCCUCCCUCUCUUGAAGCCAGUGGUUUGCCUUUCUGUAUUUGAUGCAGGAUUAAACACUUCCCAGAGAGGCUUCUAGUCUGGUAAAUAACCAGGGCUCAGGAAAUGUCGAACUGGCAUUUGUAUUUCUUGCAAGCAUCUUCAAGAAACUGGCAGUUGGCGCUAUCUUAGAAGCAGCAACUGUGCUGGGAUCGGGUGGCUAGAGUUUCUUGGGGAUUACUGUUUGUGUGAUGUGGCUUCAGAGGAAAGACUUGCUAAUACAAAUCCCCCAACACAUCGGCAUUUCUGAAAUAGUCUUGGAGCUAGAAAGUAAAUUGCGUCCACAACCAUGGAUGAGCCCAGUAGCUACUUUUAAAUAGAGACUAAGUAGGUUUGCAAAUAUUGGUAACUACUCUGUGUAUGCAAAACUCUUCCCAAACAGAAAGGCCAAUGUGAUUGCCCUUUCUGAUUUCCCUUUUUGUCACUCGCGGAAUCUUUUGUUUUUAAAUCAUAUAAAUCUACAAGUCUGUGCAUGUUUGCGCUGAAGGCCCCCUUGGCUUAUCUGGGUGGGGAUACAGAUUUUUAUCUCCCGGGUGUCUCGUCUACUUCAAACAUGGAGACUCCCUAGAGCGAGGACAGCGGUGCCCCUGUUCUGUGAUCUGGUAACCUCCAGGGGACAAGGGUGCCUCGGGCGGGUGUCACUGUAUUGCACCUGUUGCUAGAGGCCACGUGCCUAAGGGUCUGUCUGACUGGCAUGAAGUGCAUCUGAAUGCCUCAGCCCGUAGCUGUGCUCUAGAGCAUAGAGUGCUGGUUUUCCAACUCUCAAGUGGUAACGCGGACAAUUUGCCAAAGUUCUCUUGUAUUGGGAGUUUAGCGAGACUUCCACCUCUCAUCUGGAUCCUCUUUAAGGCCAAAUCACCCUUCAGAGCAGGGAAACAUGUCCCUCAAGAGCUCAGCCCUCAUGAAGCCCCGAGUACCGAUGUGCUCCCUCUGCUCCUGGGUCCACAGAGAAGGCAGGAGUUCUAGAAGCAUAUCAGUGUUUCGGCCUCAGCAACAAGUGCAUCUUGUGCCUAGAGAAGGAACGUGGCUGGAUUCGUUACUUCCAGCAAAUCGCUACUCAGCCACGGAGAUUAGCACCAACGCCGUUUCCUCUCAAGAAGGCUCGCCUUGUCCUAACUGCAUCCCACACCACCCAGAUCACCGGAGAGUGGGUUAUUUCUGAACACGGGGUAAAAUUUCCCAAUCCCGUCUCGGCUGCAAAGGUCAGCUGGGGCUUUCAGGGCCUUGGGCAGGCCCACGCAGCUGGUCCCCUCUCCCAAUCACCGACCGUGGCAGAAGGGACUGGCGGCUCAAGCCUGGUAAUCACAGGACAGGAAAGUACGGGACUUUCACCUCCCACCCAGGACUCAGGCACAUAUCUGCCUCUGAUCUAGGAGGCUGGGAGAAGAGCCUCCCACAAAAUCACACCUACUCUGUGUGUAAGAAUAAAAUCCCACCCACCUGGGACUCGGUAAUUUCUCCAGGCAGGAAAUCUUUGGAAAACUUCAGUGAAACGGAGCAUGCUCGAGGGAGUUAGAAUCUUCUGCACUUAGGGGUGUGCUGCUAUUUAGCUAGAAUUUGGGGGUGGCAAAAACAAAGUGGAAGGCAUGAAACAGAAAUAUUUUAGGGUAUUUUAGGACAUGUGAAUAAAGCUAGAUCUGAGACACCUUAAUCAACUUUUUUUUUUUUUUUUGGACGAAAGGCUACAAUAAAAAUCGAUUUGUGUGAAACUGAGUCAGCAGAGAAGCGUAUCUUCUGUUUUAGCACAGGACUUGGGCUACCACGCUCCAGCGGACAGAGGGGUUCGUUAACCUGAGCUUCUUGGGAAACGACUGGGUUCCGCUGUGAAAUCCAAGUCCUCGCCCCCAGGCACCCUGGGUGCCCACCCUUCCUGUAGCCUUUCCUUUCCGUUUAUGAGAAGCCUUCCUGAACUUCCCCUGCAAAUCAUUCCAAGUACUCUCCUCUUGAGGCUGGCAAGAGCAGACACUGUAUCAGAAUUUCAGAGUGGUGGUUCUGCCGAUGGCACUGCCACUUGGGCACCCUGGCCUAGUGGGCUAAACUGGGUCCAGCGCCCUACUUCUGGUGGCUUGGCGCUUUGGGUGACCACUUUGUGGUCACAGACCUCACUCAUUGGUUUAACCAGUGGUCACUGAGGACCUACCUUGUGCCAACCCUUGGGUGACAGGCAUUAGGUGCCCUACCAAGAGCGCAUGGGCAAGGAAAUGUGGAGCCGCCUCUGACUCUCAACUCCAGCCCAACCCGGCUGAAGUUGCUGGCUGUUAGCUUUCCCCGUGAAAGACCCUGGAGUGAGGACCAGACCAGUUGUUACUGUCUCCUGGCCACCUCGUGGAAGUGCAAAGGGAGGUCCUCCCCACCUUUCUGGUGAUGGCACCAGCAAGUCUGGUCAUCAGCGACAUGAACUUUGCAUAGGACAAAGCUUCAGGGCCGGUUUUCCCAGCGUUUCUCCUGAUGUAGUCCAAGAGGUAAAUCAGUCCUGGCAGCAGAAGGAACAGCAGGAGAAAUCAGUGACUCAUCAUUUAGAGUCCAAAAAAUUUUCACCAACAGAUGGCAGGUGGUUUUAACACAACAGUCCUCGCCCUGAAAGUACCUGGGGAUCUGGCCAACAGCUGGCAAGCCAGGGCAGUCCUGAUGAAGAGAUAUGUACGUGAGCAUGACUACGGGCCGGCAGUCACCCCAGAGAUCCCACACAAAACACUCCACAAAAAGGUUGACACCAGCCUUGUGGUUUCCGUUUCAAUGAAAAACCGUGACGUCUAAGGAUAGAUCACUAUCCCCGCCAUGCGGUACAGAAGUGGGCAUUCCAGGAACUAAGCUCUGCUUUCAUCCGUGCUCUUGCCACGAUCUCCAGUGGGUUUCUGGAGUCAAAUGAAGCCAUGCUGCCCAAGAGGCAAAAAAGUUCCCGUUUCCAGUUUUUUUAAGGUCUUCACAAGAAGUUAAGAUAAAACGACGCACAGCUUCCCAUAGUUUGAGGUGUGUUUUAGAUGAGUGUUUUAGAUGGCAAGGUGAUCCACGUUCCUACCUUUUAAACAGAACUGCGAAGAAAACUAGAUGAUUUUUACUUUAGCCUGAGUUCGGAGUCCGUCUGAGAAGCAGACAGGAACAUCUGUUUCCGUAGUCCACUGAGCAGUACCCCGCCAGGAAGUGAAAAGUUUGGAGCCCGUUCACCCUCGCCCCGAGCCUGAACCAACCCAAACCCAGCGAAGGUCAGAGGCCACCGCGGAGGAGUUGACAGAAUCCAAGCGGAGCCGACUUCGGGUGACUCACUAACACGCAAGACGGCAACUCACAUUAUAAAAAUAAAAUUGUGUGUUUUGUUUUGCGUCUA